AUGUUCAACGGAAUUGCAGUCAAACGAAUUGGUAUGAGUUUCAAGAUGAUUGUGCCUCCGGCGCAAAUCCUGAGACGUCAGAUAUUUCUCUCCAGACAGCCCUCCAUCUUUUUGUCGAGACUGCUGUCGUCGUCUUCUAAGCCUCAACAGGGUACUCCAGCAUUCACGGCCGAUGAGCUUAGACUGGCCAAAGAGCAGCGACUCCAGGGAUUGGGGCCGUAUGUCUCGAAGCUGCCCGAGAAAUGGAUUCCUUAUGCUGAGCUUAUGAGGCUGGAAAAACCAAUUGGGACGCUUCUGCUGUAUAGUCCGUGCACUUGGGCAAUAGGAAUGGCUGCGUUUGAGCUGAGUGCGCCUAUCUCCUCCACACUCUGGAUGUUGACUCUGUUCGGAAUCGGUUCCGUCACCAUGAGAGGAGCUGGCUGCACAAUAAACGAUAUGCUAGAUCGCAAUCUUGACAACAAAGUAAUCAGAAGUGUUGAAAGGCCCAUUGCCAGUCGAAGGAUAACCGUUGCCCAAGCAUCUGUGUUUCUGGUAGCUCAAUUGUCAGUAGGACUGGCAGUUCUGCUGCAAUUGCCAUGGUCCUGCUUUUUGCUUGGUGCGUCGUCUUUGUUUUUGGUGGGGACAUAUCCUCUCUUCAAAAGAUUCACGUAUUACCCUCAGGUGGUGUUGUCAUUGUGCUUUAACUGGGGUGCUCUUUUGGGAUUUCCAGCAAUGGGCAUAAUGGAUGUUUCCACCAUGAUUCCCUUAUGGCUGUCGGGAUUUUUUUGGUGCAUGACUUAUGACACGAUAUACGCUCAUCAGGACAAAGCCCAUGACGUGAAAGCCGGUGUCAAAUCGACUGCUUUGGCUUGGGGCGAUAAAUCCAAGCCUGUAAUGUACGGGUUGACUGUGGCUCAAUUGGCAUGCUACUCCACUGCUGGGGUUAUGGCUGGAAUGGGCCCGGGUUUUGCCAUUGGCGCAUUAGCAGGUGGGUACCGUAUCAUCAACAUGAUCCGUAAGGUUGAUCUGGACAAUCCAGACAACUGCUGGUACUGGUUUAAAAACAACAUCAACACAGGCCAUGUGUUUGCCGUUAGCAUCUUCGUUGACUACGUUUUGAGACUUUUGGGGUUUAUCUGA